UAUCGCCGAAGCCUCACCAGCAUGGCCCACAGACUCGUUCACAGCGAAGCGAACGCGAGACGAAUCGCAUGCGUCGAGAGCGCAUUCGGAGGCUCCGGGCAGCCGCUCGCCGCUCCCGGUCGAGUUCUUGUCGGCGAGGGCGUGCUGACGAAACUGUGCAGGAAGAAACCGAAGCCGCGCCAGUUUUUCUUGUUCAGCGACAUUCUCGUCUACGGCAAUAUCUUGAUGAAUAAGAAGCGGUACAAUAAACAGCACAUACUUGCACUGGAGGAUGUCGAGUUGGAGUCACUGGAGGAUGAUGGACCGCUACGGCAUGGUUGGCAGAUAAUUAGUUCAAAGAAGUCGUUUGCUGUGUUUGCUGCUACUGCGACCGAGAAGUCAGAAUGGAUGGCGCAUAUUAGGAAAUGCGUGAAUGAUCUAUUCUCAAAAAGUGGAAAGAAGGCUACGAAAGAUCGUGCCGCAGUGUGGGUACCAGACAGUGAAGCGCCAGUCUGCAUGGUGUGUACUAAAACAAAAUUUUCAGCAAUAACUCGACGACAUCAUUGUCGGAAGUGUGGGUUGGUAGUAUGUAACAAGUGCUCUUCGAAGAAAUUUUCUCUGCCGAAUAUAUCGGCUAAGCCUCUUCGUGUCUGUGAUAACUGCUAUGAUUCGUUGGCAAGGUAAUGUGUUGUGUAUAACGGAGGA